ACGUCAACUAUCCCGCCUAAUUUAUCAAACUACAGGGUUUUAUACAAUACAUAGACUAUAAGUAUACGAUUUAUCUAUUUUGAAGUUGCUUCACAGUGGUGUGCGCAAUGGCUCGUCGUUUACACAGUCUCUGCCCCUGUCUCCUCAUGGAGGGAGUCAGAAUGUUUGGCUGAAAAAAAAAGAAGAAAAAAGAGAGAAAAUUCCCGUGGAUCCAACAGCGACCUUCUGAGCUUGGUUAAAGGGGAGGUUGCAGCAUCCUACUUAUUUGAAAUCUCCUUACCUUUCCGUUUCUUGGAUCUAUUUACGCGUCUGUCCUACGUUUGAGUUCAGGGCGCAUCUCACUCAGCGGAUGUUUGACUCAACGAUGCGCUCCAGUGGGAAAUACUGUGUGUUUUUCUUCUUGCUUAAAAGUAUCCUGACAGACCCAGGUACAAACCAAGUGGUUCUGUUGGACACCACAACAGUGCUGGGAGAACUGGACUGGAAGACCUAUCCUGUCAAUGGGUGGGAUGCUAUCACAGAGAUGGACGAGCAGAACCGACCCAUACACACCUUCCAGGUUUGCCACGUGAUGGAGCCAAACCAGAACAACUGGCUCCGCUCCGGAUGGAUCCAGCGGCAGGCAGCACAGAGGGUAUAUGUGGAGCUGCGUUUCACACUGAGAGAUUGCAAUUCUAUCCCCUGGGUGUCUGGUACAUGCAAGGAAACCUUCAACCUCUUCUACCUGCAGACAGAUGAACCGCUCGCCGCGGGAACACGCUUCCGCCCGGCUGAGUAUGCCAAGGUGGACACCAUUGCAGCCGAUGAGAGCUUUACACAGACAGACCUCGGAGAUCGUGUUCUGCGCCUCAACACUGAGGUCCGGGAAGUCGGGCCAGUGACCCGGAAGGGCUUCUACCUGGCCUUCCAGGAUGUGGGCGCCUGCAUCGCCCUGGUGUCUGUCAAGGUGUUUUACAAGCGCUGCCCAUCAACUUUACGGAACCUGGCAGCCUUUCCUGACACAGUGCCGCGCCUGGACUCUUCCUCGCUGGUGGAGGUGCGGGGUGCAUGUGUGGAGAAUGCAGAGGAGCGGGACACACCCAAAUUGUACUGUGGUGCUGAUGGAGACUGGUUGGUGCCUCUGGGCCGCUGUGUCUGUAGUGUUGGGCACGAGGAAAUGGAUGGCUACUGCCGAGCCUGUAAGCCUGGUUUCUUCAAGGCGUAUGCUGGGAACAUCAUAUGCUCCAAGUGUCCUCCCCACAGCUCUAGCCAUGACCAGGCUGCCACCAUCUGUCACUGUGACAAAGGCUUCUACAGAGCCAUCAAAGACCCCUCCACCAUGGCUUGUACAAGACCUCCGUCAGCUCCUAGGAACCUGAUCUCGUUGGUCAAUGACACUGCUCUCUUCCUGCAAUGGACCCCUCCUAGCGACACAGGAGGCAGGAGGGACCUGACUUACAACGUCCUGUGCCAGCGCUGUGAUGGUGGUGAUGGUGACAGUGGCGUGGCGCAGUGUGAGCCAUGUGAACCUGACCUGCGGUUCAUUCCACGGCCACUCGGCCUAACUGGUACCUCUGUGGCAGUGCUAGAUUUUGCAGUGCACGCCAACUACACCUUCCAUGUUGAGGCCGUGAAUGGUGUCUCUGGGCUGGGAGUGGCUGCACGCUCACUGGCAAAUGUUACCAUUACUACACACCAAGCUGGUCCUUCACUGGUGGGUUCAGUGAGGAAGGACUGGGCCUCUUAUAACAGCAUUGCCCUCUCCUGGGCUGAGGUGGAACAGCCGCCUUCAGAGAUAGUGGACUACGAGGUCAAAUACUUUGAAAAGGAGCAAGAGCAGCUGAGCUACUCAUCCACACGGACCAGAAACCCGAGUGUGGUGGUAACAGGCCUCAGACCCUCCACUGUCUACGUCUUUCAUGUGCGCGCUCGCACUGCUGCGGGCUACACUGCAUACAGCCCCAACUUUGAGUUUGCUACUGAAGCUGAGGAUCCUGAUGUGGCUGAUCAGGGUCAGGUGCUGGUCGUUGUCACAGCAUCUGUAGGAGGCUUCUCGCUGUUGGUCAUCCUCACCCUCUUCCUCCUCAUCACUGGACGGUGUCAGGGGUACAUCAAAGCCAGAAUGAAGUCAGAAGAGAAGAGGAGGACACGCUUCCACAGUGGACACGUCCCAUUCUCUGGGAUAAAGACCUAUGUGGACCCAGACACUUAUGAAGACCCCACUCAGGCUGUCGAGGAGUUCACCAAGGAGAUAGACCCUUCAUGUAUUCGCAUUGAAAGAGUGAUUGGUACAGGUGAAUUUGGGGAAGUGUGUAGUGGUCGCUUACGUUUACCGGGGAGAGCUGACAUUGCUGUGGCAAUAAAGACUCUUAAAGGCGGCUAUGUGGAGCAACAGAGGCGAGACUUCCUGCGUGAGGCAUCAAUCAUGGGACAGUUCAAUAACCCCAACAUCAUCAGACUGGAGGGCGUGGUCACCAAGAGCAGACCAGUAAUGAUCGUGGUGGAGUACAUGGAGAACGGUGCUCUCGACUCUUUCCUCCGGACCAAUGAUGGCCACUUCACAGUCAUCCAGCUGGUUGGCAUGCUGCGUGGCAUCGCAGUAGGCAUGACCUACCUUUCAGAUAUGGGCUACAUUCACAGAGACCUCGCUGCUCGCAACAUCCUGGUGGAUGGUAACUUGGUCUGUAAGGUGUCUGAUUUUGGCAUGUCCAGAGUUCUCGAAGACGACCCUGAAGCAGCAUAUACAGCUACAGGAGGGAAGAUACCAAUCCGCUGGACAGCACCAGAGGCCAUUGCUUACGGCAAGUUUUCUUCAGCAAGCGACACUUGGAGCUACGGCAUUGUCAUGUGGGAAGUGAUGUCGUAUGGCGAGAGGCCCUACUGGGAGAUGUCCAAUCAAGAUGUCAUUUUGUCCAUUGAAGAGGGCUAUCGUCUACCAGCACCAAUGGGCUGCCCUGUGGCGCUACACCAGCUCAUGUUGCACUGCUGGCAGAAGGAGCGUGGCCAGCGCCCGCACUUCAGUGAUAUACUCACCUUCCUGGAGAAGCUCAUACAUAAUCCCAGUAGUCUGCUCACCCUGGUGAACGAUGUACAGAGUUUCCCUGAAUCCCCAGAAGACAUGCCAGACUAUCCCCUGUUCAUCUCUAUUGGCGACUGGCUUGACUCUAUCAAAAUGAGCCAGUAUAAGAACAACUUCCUGGCAGCAGGCUACACAACACUGGAUUCUAUUUCAACCAUGAGUAUAGAUGACAUCAGGCGUAUUGGGGUUUGUCUAAUUGGUCACCAGAGGAGAAUCAUCAGCAGCAUACAGUCUCUUCGCCUGCAGCUUCACCAUAUCCACCAGAGUGGGUUCCAAGUCUGAGAUGGUGGUACGAAGACAGAUUGGAUGCAAGGACUAAGCUGGAUACAAACCAGAGUUCGUUGGCAUUGACAUUCAACUGAUUGCACCAAACACCAGACUCUUAGGUGCUGCAGAUACCACACACUGCUCAUGCUCAGCGAGAGCUGUCCGCUAGACUAAAUGAGGUCUAGCAAACACACAAACACACACACACACAUUAUCCUAUGGACCAUAGUCAAUUAAUUCACCACAACAACCAACCUCUGUCAGCUUUGGCCAAAUAUGGUCUCUUUAUCUCAGCAAAUACUAGCACUCACUUGAAUCUAGGACUCAUUUUCUCUAGUGUCUAUUCAAGUGUCCACCAAUACCUCUUAUCUUUUCAAAUGACAAUCGAUCCAGUUAUUUCUAUUGACUUUGAAUGGUCUCAAGUCUGUUACCUCAUGACUGGAGAGGUGAAGAUGUGAAACAUCGGUAUGGCAUGGUGUUGAAUUGUAUUUUAGGGUAUGGUAUGGUGUGCGACUUUAAUAAAAACCUGAAAACUAGAAUGAUGUGCACUCUACAAUGAAUCAGCAAAGACCUUGGGAAAUAACAAUAUACAAAGGGUUGAAGGACUUGGUAUCGUGUCUUAUACUUUUCCUGCUGAUUUAUGUAAUAAUUCACUGGGAAAAAAACAGAUUCAUAGUAUGAUACAAUCAUGUUUUUUGAAAUGAAGACCGCUGAAUGUCAAGAUUUUAUAGAAAUGUAUGUUCUAUCCUCAUGAUAAUGCAGUAUGUGCUGUACAAAAUGUCUUGUGAAAGGUGUAUGUUUUAUUCAGCAUUGUUGUUCCUUAAUCAACAAUCCUAUUUUAAUACUUAGUUUUCUCUUAGAGUUUAUCCACCUCAGGCCCAAAAAUUGAGCUCUCUUCAGGGCAGAUGGUUUUACAGGUCAUUUAACGGGUCAAAAAAUGUACUGUGCUGAUGCAAAUUAAACUUGGUCUCCACUGAUCAAAGUGUUACACUGAAAGGAGCACAGUAGCAAAGAUCUGGCAUUCAGAGGUGGUGGUGAUGAUGAUGAUGAUGCUGAUGAUGAUGGCAUUGGUUUUUAGGGUCUUAUUGGAAUCCUGGUGAGAAACUAUUAAAGAUGAUGACCUUUUCACAACAGCAAA